UGGAGAUAAAAUCGGAGAUAAGUGCGAUAACUGUCCAAAAGUGUCCAACUCCGAUCAACUGGACGUGGACGGAGAUGGAAUCGGGGACGUUUGCGAUAGUGAUUUGGAUGGGGAUGGGUGGGAGAACGCGAAACGAUAACUGCCAGUGGGAUUCCAAUUAUCGACAAGAGGAUCAAGACGGCGAUGGAGUAGGGGACGUCUGCGAUAACUGCCCGGUGAAUGCGAACAGCAACCAGAAGGAUUCGGAUGGCGAUGAGGUAGGUGACGUAUGCGAAACGGGUUUGGACACAGAUGGAGACGGAAUUCAGGACAAUCGGGACAACUGCUGGAAUGAGGCGAAUGCCGACCAGUUGGAUUCGGAUUCGGACGGAAUAGGCGAUGCUUGCGACGAAGACAAAGACAAUGACGGAGUGCUGGAUUCGGAAGACAACUGCAGAUUGGUGCCCAAUUCGGACCAACUCGAUCAUAAUAUGAAUGGCGUCGGCGAUGCCUGCGAAAAGGAUUUCGACGGAGACAGUAUUGUGGAUUGGUUGGAUAAUUGUCCGAAGAACGGCCGUAUCCAGCAACCCGAUUUCCGCAAUUUUAAAACCGUAGCACUGGAUCCAGAGGGGUCAAGCCAGCAGGAUCCUUACUGGGAAAUACGAAAUCGAGGGGCAGAGAUAUUCCAGAAGUUUAACAGCGAUCCCGGAUUGGCGAUCGGGCGGGAUCGCUUGGUAGGGGUGGAUUUUGAAGGAACGUUCUACAUAACGGAUCAGUGGGAUGACGAUUUUGUGGGUUUCGUGUUCGGAUACGUCAACAAUAGGAAAUUCUACAUGGUUUCAUGGAAAAAGGCUAACCAAGAUUACUGGGAAAGCUCGCCGUUCGACGCCAGAGCGACGUCCGGCGUUCUUUUGAAAUUGGUCAACAGCAAAACCGGACCGGGCACAUAUCUGCGGAACAGUUUGUGGAAUGAUGCGAGUGUGACCUCACAGACCACCCUCUUGUGGCAAGAUCCGGUCAAAAAGGGUUGGGUCCCGAACACUUCUUACCGAUGGAAACUGCUCCAUCGGCCGUCAAUCGGACUGAUCCGGUUCCGACUGUACAAGGGAUCGCAUCUGGAAGCCGACUCGGGCAACAUAUUCGAUCGGAGCAUCAGAGGCGGUCGAUUGGGAGUGUACUGCUUUUCGCAGGAGGAAGUUACCUGGUCCAAUCUGAUGUACCGCUGUAACGAAAACAUUCCGAAGGAUAUCUAUGAGGAAAUCAAACCGAAGUUUCGGGCCAAGCAGCUCAAGAAGAUCGAACUGCUGAGGGUUGACGACAAUUGGUAGGACACUGCAGGGGUCAUUCUGGAUACGAUAUUGGUUUACCAAAACUUUGACCGAAAUAUAUACAAAUUUUAGAAA